CUCUCUUCCUUCGCCAGCAAGACGUAGAAGAAGAGGGGCAGCAGCGGCCGCAGGAGGCGAAGGAGGAGGAGGAGGAGGAGGAGUUGGAAGGCGAGUAAAGGGAGGACAGAGAGCGAUGGAGGCGGAGAUGAUUAGAAUCAGAUGGCUCCGUUGCUUCCUGUGGCACGCAAUCCUCUCCACCUUCUUGUUGACCUCCUACCACUAUCUCCUCCUCAGCCCAGCCCUACGCAGCGCCUUCUCCCUUCUCCUCCACCUCCUCAUCUCUAUUCCACUCUCCUUUCUUGCUUUCUCUUCCCUCACUUCCCCCGACCUUGAGCCCUCGGCCUCCCUUGCAGAGCUCGCCUUUGGUCUCGCCCGGGUCGUCCUCAAUGCAGUCGUCGGCGCCUCCCCGGGAUUCCCGACAACCGCCUCUCGCCGGCGUGCUCAGGCCUUCCUCCGACGCGCGGCUUUUGUGGUCUUCUUGGGACUCUCAGCUGGAUUGUCUCUGGUCUCUGCCCGUGGAGGUGGUUGGAGUUGGAGGGAGUUAGGGUUUAGAGGGGUUUUGGUUGGGGUUGUUUACGCCGGGGUAUAUGUUUAUAGAAAGAGAUUUGUGUUAGCUUUCCCAAUCGUUCAGCGGCCCCUUUUCUUUAGUUUCAAGAUGGGAAUUCCUGCAGCCUUCAAGCAUGCAGUGAGGCUGUCAUUUGUUGCAGUGAUGUUCUCAGCAUUCGUUGUGGCAGUUCUUCCUAAUCCAGUAGAAAGGAAGAAAUCCUUGGGGCAGUUUAUUGUACAGCAAAUCAAUCUGUGGCUUGGAACUUGUACUCUUUUGUUCUCUUGGGAGCUAACUCAUCAUUUGUUACAGGUGCUGUACACAAGGAGGUUUCUCUUUGCACCACCACAGGGUUCAGCUGCAGCUGAAACAAAUCCCAGUGGUCUCUUGCUUGAGGCUCUGGAGCAAAGCACUCCAAGGUCUCUUUUGCAGUAUCUUGCAUACCUGGACAUGUGUAUGGUUUGUGAGAGUAAUGUUGAUUCCUGGCGCAGAGCAGCUUUCUUUGAAGAGAGUGGUGAGACCUACAAAAGAGUGGUAAUAGCAUGCUUGAGACAUUUGGAACAACUCACUUCUAGGUUGGGUGAAGGUUUGGAGGGUCACUUAUCGGGUUCUAAGGAUUUAUUGUCUCAGCAAAUGUCAUCUCCAUUUGAUACUCCUAUGGCCUUGAGUGCUGAUGAAACAUUCAUUGAUUUUCAGCUUUGUGCUUGGGGUGCAAGGGCAGUUGCAGAACUGACAGCUAAGUCACAUAGUGAAGACAGGUACGGGGUUGCUCAACUUACAGGCUGCAAUGCUGGAGUUUUGACAACAUUGCUGUCAUGUCUCGUCGCCGUAGAGCUAUGCCUUGGUAAAAAGACCAGUCCACACGCUGGACAAUUGAUGGGUCCUGCUUCCAUUAAGUGGGCAGCGCCUGCUGGAGGUCCAGUCGAUGUAACUGCGAGGAGGCAAGGUGCGAUAGGUGUCCUGGGCAAGAAGAGAGGUGCUGCUCUGCACAGCAAGGCUUACGCCAUGGCUGAUGUGCUUAGGACUUCUAUCUAUCUAAUUGUUUCAGUAUUCCAUGCUGAGAUGCAGCAAAGUUUGAAGUCAGGAAAUCUCGAGAAGGAUUGGAUUAGUGUGAACAAGCCGCUGUUCGGAACUCGUGAAGUUCUUGUACACAAACUGAGUCUUUUUAUUGAUUUCCGAGCCAGUUGAGUUCCUUUCUCUGGUCAGAUUCGUGUUCAGAUAUCUGUUCUUUCUUUUGUUUUGUUUUUUGGGUUUUGGGGAAAGGUCCCAUUUCUUUGGUUUUGGUGACUGAAGAUGGGGAUGCCCAUUUUAGAAAUGAGAUUUUUUGACGAUCCCCGUGUUAGAAAUGCAAUGGUAUUGUACCAAAAUGUUGAGUAUUUGUGUAUCUUGUUUAUCAUCUGGGCAAAUUGUUGCCUUCAUUUCUGUCAA